GUUCCCGACCUUCAUUAGAGUUUGUACAUAAAUAUAAGUUUCGCCCAUGGUUUCGCCACACAGUGAUAAUGUUUUAUUGUAAUGAUGUAUUGUGAGCAGUAAUGGGGAAUACACAGAGUUACAUAGUCGCGUCGCUCUCUGUCAGUUCUGUGUGUUUAGUUUAUGUUUAUUUUUACUCUUCUCAUCGGUUGUUAAAAACUAAUGUUCUAACCAGCGACACACUUCCAAGUUCCGGAUAUCUUUUUAUUAAACAUGUGACCAAAGCUCUGACUCGGAGAACAGGCUGUUUGUACUCAACUAACAAACAGAGUGAAGUUAUUUACACGGUCCUCAACUGCAGGUUGGAGACUCCCUUGUUGAGGAGGUUCUGCAGUGCUGGAGGGUAUGGUUGGGAUUAUCCAGACAGUGAAUACAGAGACAUCCCGUUGUGUUUCCCAGAGUUUCUCUGCCGCAGACUGCUGCGUAUUCUCCUGACAGAUCAUAACUUCAGGCUGAGCCCAGCAGGUCUGAUUCGUGUGCGCCAGAGUUUGAAAACCCAUCAGCCGGUGGAUGAGCUGAAGAAGGGUGCAUUCACGCUGCAGGCUCGAGUCCUGGUGUACCGGCAGGUUGCUGCGGGGGUGGAGGUGGACAUCUGUCUGUCCGCCAUGUCACGUUCCGGAAGUCCGGUGUGGGAAAGCGUCUUGACGUUCCUCUCUCAAAACAAGUUCCAUAAUGCCAGCAGAUGUUCACAGCCAGUGAAAGAGAAUGAGAGUCAAAUAGAUGAGCCUGUGCCAGAAAAUACGAAGCAGGUAGAGCUGAGAGUUCCCUGGAGAACCAGCCUGCAGUGCGUUUGGUCCUUCUCAGACUAUCCGCUCCUCUUCCUACCAGCCAGGCUGUUUGGCUGCAGAUUACACACAGCACCAAGUAUCUGGAUGCUGUCUGUGUGUUUGGCUGAAAUUGAAAAGCACAAAGGGGUUGGAGUCAUCACAGCACCAGUCAACAUCACCGUCCAGUUUAAGGAGCCUCUGUUGAUACCAGGCAAAGUAACAAUCAAGUUUCGGGAUGUGAUCAAAAACGAGGGACGAGGCCUCAACUUCUACAUGCAGCGGCACGGAAGCAGCACAUCUUACAUAGCGGGAGUGAUUUCUAGAUCCUGAUUAACACUGGAGGACUAUUGUACAUUUUUUUGUUUAGUUUAGUUUCUACAGUAUGUUGGCAGCACAUUUUAUGAUCAUAAAAUAUUGUUCUGUUAAUGUCAUGUAUGUUUAUUUCACAUUUGACAAACUGAAGUCAUAUGAACACUUGAAGAUGAAGAUGUUUUCCUUAUUGAGUGCAACUAAUUCAGUACCUAUAAUAAUGGUAGAAUAUUAUAUUAGCAUUUUUUUAUACCUGCAGCUAACCACCAAAACACCAUUUUUUAAAAUGCUCCAAAUGUUUACUAGCUAUUCCCCUACUUUGUCUGUUAGGUGUUUGAUGCUGCCCAGGUAGUGUACACUGACAUUUUGAGGUUGUUUUUUUUUUUGUUUUUUUUUAGCUCAUAAUGGUGCUGAUGAGAGCAAUGAGACUGAAAGGAACAAUAACCGGAACAAUGAGCUAAAAUGCUGCAUAUAGCUGAGGGGAACUUUAGCGUCAGGUGAUCAUUUUCUGCUUUGAUUUCCUCACUACUCCAAUCAAUUGUCACUAUAUAAAUAUUGAUUAUAACCACGUCAUGUAUAUUUCUAAAGUGUCACCAGCAGGAUUUUUGCCCUGUAGGUUUCAUAGAUCUUACUCUACACGAUCACUUUGUCAGAUGCCAUGUCUACCAGUCAAGUUAAUGCAGAAAUCAUCGCUGCAGGGAGUGAAGACUUUUCAAUAAUUGAUCUCUCGUAUAAUGCUGUUUGCAGCUUUCAUGUAUGUCAAAGUGUGUCCUCCUGUAUUAUUUAUCAGAACACAUUCAGUGCAUAGGACUGAGAGAAGUGGCUUUUCAUGCAUCCCUGCACUGCUGCAACACCUCAUAAAGGAAUCAUGGAAAUGG